AUGUGGGAAAAGGCUGUCAUAAUUCUCACCGUUUUUGGCAAUCUUCUUGUCAUCAUUACUAUAGCUCAUUUCAAACAGCUCCACACUCCCACCAACUACCUUGUCCUCUCCCUGGCUGUCACUGACUUUCUCCUGGGGGCAGUCAUCAUACCACCUAGCAUGGUUCGCUCACUGGAGACCUGCUGGUAUUUGGGUAACCUGUUCUGUAAAAUCCACACCAGUGCAGAUAUCACACUGUGUAACACAUCAAUUUUAAAUCUUUCAUUAAUUUCAAUUGAUUGGUACUAUGCUGUCUGUCAGCCACUCCGUUACCAUAGCAAGAUCACAAACUAUGUCACAAUGACCAUGAUCUUGACCUGUUGGAGUCUGUCUGCCUUGUUAGGUUUUGGGAUGAUAUUUUCGGACUUAAACACCUGGGCUACAGCAGAAAUUUACACGGAAAAUUUUCUCUGUGAGGGAAGUUGUACUGUGUUACAAAGCAGAAUGUCAAGUACUUUUUAUUCUGUUGUAUCUUUUUUUCUCCCAGCCCUUCUUAUUAUUGUCCUCUAUCUAAAAAUCAUCUUUAUCGCAAGGAAACAAUCAAGUUCCAUUCAAAAGAGAACGAAGAAGGGUGACCGACUCAAGUGCAGUGCUCAAAGGGAUAGGACGAAAGAGUAG